AGAUUUUGUUUGAAGUUUUAUAUAGAUAUCAAGUACUUCUCCCAAAAGGAAAUCACUAUCAUGACGUCAACUACUACUACUACUUCGCCGCUCGGGGACAAUCUACUCGACGAUCAUCGAUGCAAAGAGGAAGACUCUUAUGGUGCCGAUUUAACCACUACUAGCAAUAGUGACAUCGACCACUUGCCCGUAUCUGUUUUUGGCUCGGAGCCCCCAGGGACCCCUCCCAUCAACCCAACCAUCGCUCCACCAGAGUCCUCCAGCAACUACUUAACGACUGACGGUGACACUGUCCCCGCACAGGUCUACAUUGGAACCGAUGUUCUCACAGUGCAUCUCCCUAAAGGUGUUUUACUAGCGAUGAGCUUAGCAAGGGGUGAGGACCACGGGAGUUUAUCAACGCCGUACACUAUCGAAGAGAUCAAUUCCGCGUCUAUGCUUGUGCAAGAACUGACGAGAAGUGCUGGCCAUAUCGAUUUUGAAGAUCUUCUAAAAGUAGGCGGCGGUCUUGAGGACACGGAGUCGUCCCGGUAUACCGAUGGGAGCAAGCUGACGGUCGAGUCUCCGCGAGAGCGAUUGCCUAGCAUUAACAUACAUCAUGACGAUCCUUUCUCCUCACCUUCGUUGACUUACUCUAUUCCGAGCAGCAACAGCAGCAGUAGCCGAUCUGCUGCUAUUCCUGCAUCAGCGCAGGUGGCGUCCUCUGUGAUUGAUACCUCGGCUAUUGAUCGAUACACUAACGGGCUUUUGGGUGAUUCGCCGUCCCCCAAGUUCAACAGCGUUUCCUCUAGCGGAGUUCGGUUGAGCGGGUCUGUUGAGAGUUCGCAGCUACUCGGUGUUGCUGAAGGACGUAGUGGUCGGCGGUCUUCAUCGAGUUUUGAUUUCGAGCGUCGAUCAACGUCAGGCUCGGUCGGCGGUGGCAAUAGUCCGAUCUCAGAUGUGCUCAGAAUGUCGCGGGAAGCGAAGGGCUCCGCUCGGCUGCAGGAGUAUAUGGAAAAUGCAGGUGGGGAAGAAGUGUCGAUGAUAAUUAGAGAUCAGCUUGCGCCAAACGUGGUGGCGUUGUCGAUGCAUACGCAUGGUUGUCGGGUUAUUCAGAAGGCUAUUGAGGUUGGAUCAGUCGAGGAUAGUCGUUUCCUGGCUGCUGGCACUGGGCCGAAUGUGCUGGAGUUGUGCGCUGAUGUUAAUGGCAACCACGUCAUGCAGAAGUUUAUCGAGUGCUUGCCAAGUGAAGAAGUUCAGUUCGUUGUAGACGCUCUCGUGGGGAAGGACGAUGCCAGUAGCAAGUCGGCUCAUACGGCAUCGCAUGUACUGCGUUUAUCGGUGCAUUGUUACGGUUGUCGUGUACUACAACGACUACUCCAGAAGUGCGAUAUGAAGCAGAAGAUACCGAUACUUGAUGCAGUUGUUUACGGGGUUGUUGUGCAUUUGUGGUUCGCUGCUGUUGUCGAGCGUUUGUGUUAG